CAGGAAGAAUGAGGGAGGGAGAGAGCUUAUAUAGCUGGAGAGGGACUCAUGCUCUCUCUCUCUCUCUCUCUCUCUCUCUCUCUCUCUCUCUCUCUCUCUCUCUCUCUCAAGCGGUCCUUUAUUAUGUUUAUAAGGGGUACAGAGGUACAAAACAGGGUUACGUAUGUCCUGGUGUCCCCGAGCAUCCUACUGCUGCCCGGGCCACCUGUCGCAGGUAGGUUCAAUGGUGGCUUCAAGUUCUCCCCAGGUAAGGGGUUUGUCUAGGGGGCGGUCGUGGCUGAAAGCUUGGCCUGUCACCUGGCCAAUUUUCGCAUGGAGGGUGAUUGCCUGCUGCCGCUGGAGGGUGACUGACCACCUCUGGCGAUAGCUGUGCAGUACCUUCUUUGCCACCGCCGACUUUUCGUCGGCCUGGUGGUUCCGGCGGGCUGAGAGGGCGGCCAGGACUCGGAGGAACUCGAGUGUGUCGGGGGAGCAGCAGCCAUAUGUCUCAGUGGCGACUCCCAGCACCUUCACAAAGGUGAGUCGUUCGUCGUACAGGUCCCGCUUCUUGCCCUGCAUCUCUGCCGCCAUCCACCCCGUCCCUUUUCGUGCUGUUGGGUCGCGGGUUGAGAUGGGGUCGGUGACUGUGACGUCACAGACCCAUACCGCGCCUGAGUCCGGGCAUCGGAGGGUGAUGUCGGCGCGGCGUUGGGCAGUUUCGGGUAAGUAGAGUGUGGAUUCCAUGUGGGCCACGAAGUGGGAUUCUCAGGCCAGUCGCAUCCCGAGGUUCACGAGUGCGUCGUGGGUCCGCUUUGGACCCCCGCCCAGGGUGCAUCGUAGCAUGUGGUUGGGCAGCCGGUUGUCUGGUAUCUCAUGCUUCUCCCGGCAGUUGCAUUUGCCGGGUAGGGAGUGCUGCAGGCCCAUGCGGAAGGCUAGGGCCGUGGCAAAUUGCCCCUUGCUCAUGCUUAGGUCCGGGGAGAAGGGAAUGGCGACCAGCCAGUCCCCUGCCCCUGGCCCGAGCAGGGAGAGGAGGUGCUGGGUGUGACCCAGGAGGGGGUUGAGUGGCAUGUGUCUGGAGUCUGCCACCAGCCGUGCGUGCCUGGCCCCGUGUACCUCCAAUGCUAGGGCAUGCUGGAGCUUGGCGCCAGGUUCGUCGCGCGGGCGGGUGAGUGUUGACUGCGCUGGUUCGGGGAGUGCCGCUUCCAGGCAGUUGAGCAGGCGGUGUAGAAGCGUUUGGGCGGUGAAGGGCGGAGGGGAGCGCCGCUGCCGCUUUUUCGAGCGUGUGGCGGAUGACGUCCCCGCAUCCGUAGGUGGUGCCGAUGGGGCUGCCCAGGACCUUGAUGGCGUCAUGGGUGAGUGGUACUCCGGCGGGGAUGAGCGCGGGGUCCACCGGUGCGGGUGACCAGGCCGCGCACUUGCUGGCGUUGCAGGUGAGUCCAACCGCUGCUGCCUGACCCGUGAGGGCAUAGAAGGCGGCUGCGCAUGCCGGCGGCGGGCCGAUGAUGGUCACGUCGUCGGCGUAUGCCAGUAGGAGGACGUCUGGGUACUCCUCUGCUGUCAUGCGCAGCGCCUGGUGGAGGGCGAGGGCGAACAGCAUGGGGCCCAGCGGGUCGCCUUGCCGUACGCCCCGCUCGCUGAUGAGCGGGUCGGCGCCGAAUGCGUGGUCGAGCAGCAGGCUCGAUGGCCUUCCAUAGGAGAGGCGGGUUAGGGCAGCAGCCCUUUGAGCGGGCUGUCGCGUAGGGCGCGGAAGAAAGCGAUGCGUUCGAUGAGUUGAACGCGUUGGAGAAGUCCACCCGGAGGAGCAGGUGUUCGGGGUGCUGCCCGAGGUGGGUUCUUGUUGCGUGCACCGCCGUUUCGCCCCCUCCCUUCAUCGCCACUCCGAACUGCAGGGGCGCGAAGUGGGCUUGGUCCAGGGUCGUCGUGAGGUGCAGGCUGGCCUUCCCGAAGAGGCGUAGUAGGCACUCGCCGAUGGCGAUGGGCCUGGUGCCGCCGUCGGGUUUGGUGAAUGCCAGCAAUCUUGAGGCGGUGAGAAGGUCCGCUGCCUCUAGCGGCACUUGCCCUGCGAGCGAGCCGGAGUCGAGCCGGCUCGAGCUGGCUCGUUUUCGAGCCAGCCGGCUCGCGGCUAG